AUGAACACCGCAACACUCAUUACUUUCAUAUCAUCACUAUACUCAUUAGCCUCCUCGGCACCAAUUGAUCUCUUCACUGACGGCAAUACAUCUCAAGUUCGAGCUGGAAUAAGUAAUACCAAUACCAGUAUUCCCCACAUUACUCGCAAUGAUUAUCCUUCUGCUGGAAAUAUUCUUGUUACUUUUUAUGCGGAUUUUGGGGAUUUCUUCCAACAAACAUUCCCCGUAGAUGGCAACGCAUAUUUGAUAGACAAUUCACAGAAAACAUCAUAUUUGGAAGCGCAGGGAACAGGGUAUUGUGCGAUUACGGGGGGAGGGGGAAGUUUUACACAAACGAGGGGUUUGGGAGGGCCGUCGAUGGUGACGGUUAAUCCGGUGGGAGUGCUGGUUUUGGGACAGUGUAGUGGGGAGUUGUUAGUGAGGGGUUAG